UGACGUCCUUCCGUUUUUGAGUGUAGAUUUUAGCAUUGCUUUAAACUACAUAGUCCGGGAUGCCUCCGAAAUCCAAACGGGGGACUCGGGCGAGCGCGAAAGUGGAGAGCGAUGAGGAAACGGAAGACACGAAACCCAUGAAGAAUGACUUGGUGGAGCUCGAUCCGCAGAGGGUGUUCUACAUACCUGACGGAGCUCUGGAGUCUCUUUCGUCACCGGAGGGCUUGAAAGUUGUUAGCCAUCCUCAUCCUCGCACAAAAACUCCAAUGCUGUUCGUAAUGUGUGAGAACAAGUUGUUCGAAAUCACGAGUCAUUCAACCACGGAAGGCUUCUGUAGUUUCUUUAUCGACCAAACGGUGGAAAAAGAUGGGAAGAUCUACACUGUCACUCCCUUCGACGUAAGGUUUCUCGCGUUGGAAGCUCUACGCCUGACUGAGAAAUUUGUUGAACUUUCAAACUAUUUCGAGGGGGAAGUCUUAUCAGCCGUGGAAGGAGCAGAUUUCGAGUCCUUGUUUGAUAUCAAAGAGGUUUGUGAUCGUCGUUUGAUGCGAUACAACGAGGAGAAAGUCAUCUCCUGGCUUGAAGCAAAGGUUCGGCGAGUCGCGAAAGCCCUCGCGUCGGAAAAUAUCUCGUGUGGAGCUGUCGCGAGGAGCAAGAUACUCAAAGAAGAGAAUACUGAAAACACCCAAGACUACCUGCACUCCGCCGCUGGUAUUCUACGCGAAUACAUCUCUGAACCAGUGAGUGCCAAAUUAGAGAGGCAUUUGGGGAUCGAACGUAAAAAGCCACUCAAAGAAAGCGCGAACGACUUGGAGGGAUCUUUAGAGGAAAGCAAGCCGAAGCGUAGGAAGACAGAGGAACCGACAGAAGAUUACUCGAAAGGAGCGACGAGCUCUGCCGAAGACAAGAAGACGCCUGCAAAACUCACCCCUGCUCAGAAGAAAUUAGCUCAAUGCGACAAAACUGGAAUGAAGAGCAUCGCUAGCUUCUUCAGCAAGGCAAAAUAG